AUUAGCCUUUAUUGUUCAUCCUAUUUCUAAUUUAAUCUAUGGUCAAACUUCAACCGAAAAUAUGACAGCCAAAAAGAAAACUAGAUUUGUGUUGAAACUUGAAAGUUGUGACCUGUGGGCUGUGAGCGAAAAAUAACAUACUAUGACAGUACAACAACUAAACUCGAAUAUUUCUGAAGACUCAAAUGAAAUGGCCAGUUUACCGUCGGAUGUGGAAACUUAUAGGCGGAAAUAUCAAUUAUUACUGGAAAGAUGUGAAGUGCUCCAACAGGAUAAUGAGCGUAUAGUGAAUAGGAUACUCGAGGUAAAGAAAAUAUCUAAAAGGUAUAAAAAAGACAUAACACUAAUAGUUGAGAGACUCGAUAAAUAUGGCGAUGCAUUUAGGACGAUUUCAACAGAAAUUGAUGUUAAAACAGAGAUCCCUUCAAAACCAAUAAAAAAUGCAAAACCACAACAAACUGUGAAGCAAUUAGAGAAGCAAAAUGGAAAUAAGAAAACGGCUACUAAAAGAAAAAGUAAAGCAGAUAAGCCUGAAAAGGACCCCAAUGCUCCAAAGAAACCAUGUAAUGCAUUCUUCCAAUUUUGUCAAGAACAGAGACCGGUUGUGUUUGCUGAAACAACUAAUGAAAUGGGCUCAGAACCAACAAAACAGGAAGUGACACGACAGUUAGCAUCCCGAUGGAGAUCUUUAAGUAAUGAAGACAAAAAAGUCUAUGUUGCAAUGUUUGAAAGAUCAAAAGAAAAAUAUGCAGAAGAAAUGUCGGCUUAUAUCAAGAAGGAACACUAACAGUAGACUUUAUAAUGUAUCUUGUGAUCUAAAGCUUUAAGUUAUUACUAGGGAUGGGCCGACUUCGUUGCUUAUGACCGCCAUCUGGUCCAGACUCGCGAGGAGUGCGUGUGGGGAGUAGCUAUCUGCGAUGCAUAAACAAGACACCUGUCACUCCCGAGAAAGCGCGGCGAAAAUCAACCGAAGUUCGGCCUAAUUUAUGAUUAUUAUCGAAAGUUUGUCCAAAGUUUGUAUUCGGGUCAACACACAUUCGGCCUAUCACUAGUUAUUACAACAAUAAUUUAUAAAAGAUUGUUUUUAACAUUAUAAUUUUUUAUUGAGCGAAUCAAAGCUAUGCUGGGCGGAGGUCCCACUGGGUGACUCAAAUUCAUAUCUGUAUUAAAUUGUUUCUCGGCCAUUUCUGUACUUCUGAGUUGCGUCACGAACUGUCAUGGUAGAAGUGUGCGUCAUUAAGUGCUCGUGCAAAAUAAUUCAAAAUCAGUGCAAAAACCUCAAAUCAGCUUAUAUCUAAACACUAUUCACAAGUUGGUGUCAAACAAAACAACAUGGAACAUAAUAUAAUAGGAAACUUUGGGUUUGGUAACUGAAGUGCAAAUGGCCAAAAACUAGUAGACUACUUGAUGGAACACAACCUACACCUUCUUAAUAGCCUAACCAAAAAGAACAAAAGCAAUAAGAGGACAUGGAGUUCUUCAGUAAGGAAAAAUAAAAAUGAUAUGUAGUCUUUUAACUUCAACACUAUUAAAACUAGACAUUAAUAAGAGCCCAGGACUUGACCAAAUUACCAAAGAAGUCCUUAUACAACUGCCAAAAAAAGGGAUAGUCUUUCUUACAAUACUCAUCAAUUGCAUUAUGAGAGUUGGUUAUUAUCCAAGCAUAUGGAAAAUUUCACAAAUAAUAAUGAUCUACAAAGAUGGAAAACCAAUCAAUGUAGUUGGCUCAUAUAGACCGAUUAGCCUCUUACCUGUAAUGUCUAAGCUCUUUGAAAAAAUUGUAUUGUCAAGGAUGAUAACAAUCUUAAAAGAAAGAUCCAUAAUCCCACAUCACCAAUUUGGGUUCAGACAAGAGCAUGGCACUAUCGAGCAAGUACAUAGAGUUAUUUACCAAAUUAGGAAACUAUUAGAGAAAAGAGAGUACUACUCGGCAGCCUUUUUAGAUAUACAGUAGGCAUUUGAUAAAGUAUGGCACAAGGGCUUACUGUAUAAAAUCAAAACCCUAUUGCCAUAUCCCUUCUUUGGAUUGCUUAAAUCAUACACCUCAGAAAGAAUAUUCUAAGUCAAAGACGGUGAAUACACAACGAGGUUCUAUGAUAUAAAGGCAGGAGUACGCCAGGGAUCGGUUCUGGGUCCGGUACUGUACACAACCUACACAUGUCACAUGCCAGAAACACCUGAUGUAGUAACCGCGACAUUCGCUGACGACACUGCUAUCCUUGCAAGUGAUAACAACCGCAACCAUGCUUCACAAAAGCUUCAGUGUGGACUAUAUCGCUAGUGGUAGUUUGCUUUAUAGGGACAUCUAAUUGUAGGUCUUGGUUCAGUGUAUCAUCAAUGUCAGUGUCUUCUGUAUGGGUGCCUUCAUUAGGUUGGAAUACUUUAGAUAGGUGGUUUGCGAAAGUGUCUAUUCUUUGUUGUGGGGUUCUGGACAAUUUACCAUUUUCUAGCUUGAGGGAUGGUCUGGUUUUUUUCGGUUGGUUUAGGUCCGACGUUGCCUUCCAAAGAGAGUAGUUUGUUGACUUUGUCGCAGUAAGGGAUUCUAAUUGCCGUGCAAGUGUUUCGUUUUUGGCAUUCCCAAAAAGUUCUUUUAGUUCAACCAUAGCUCUGUUGUAGGCUUUUUUAUCUUCACGGUAUCUACUGGUAUGCCAUACUCUGCGUAGUCUUCUUUUUUCCUGGAUUUUCUUUCUUAUUUCCCAGUGAACAGAAAUGUGUUUGGGUUUGUUGACAGGUUUAUUAGGAGUAGUUAACCAGCAGGCAACUUGGAUUAAGUUUGUAAACUGAGUUGCAGCUGUUUCAAUGUAUUCUAUUCAAUUUUCAAAUUAAGCCUUUCAUUGAUGAUUUCCCUAAAUGAAUCCCAAUCAGUGCUGUUAUUGUAUAGCUUAGUGGUAUAUUCAUAUUCUAAUAGAAUUGUGAUAAUUGUUAGCAGUACAGGAGUGUGGUUCAAAGACCUAUCUAGAGAUGAGGUGGUUGAGGUGAAAUACUGUGACAUUCCUUUACAUAUAAAGAAGUCUAUUAUGUCUGGUAGUUUGUCUGUGUCUGUAGGCCAAUGUGUUGGUUUUGCUGUGGAUAGUGUAGUGAGGUUAUUACUAUCAAUAGCAAGCUUGAGUUGCCUUCCUCGUGUGGUAGUCAGUCUUGAGCCCCAGUGCGGAUGCUUGGCAUUCCAGUCGCCCCCAAGUGUAAACCUGGGACCGAGAGUACUGAAGUAGUGUGUCAGUUAUUCUUCUUUAAGUUUAUGUUUGGGUGAGCAGUACAUAGCGGAGAUGUUAAAAUUGCCUGUUUUUCCUUGUACCGUAAUUGUGGUUGCUUGGAGGUGUUCUGUCUGGUACUGAGCUUGUUUAAUAAAACAUUAUGAACAAUCAUAAUAAUUAGGUCAUCAAUAGAUGACCUAAUUAUUAUGGCUGUUCAUGUGCUGUUCCAUCUGGGUGCUUAGUGUCGUAGAUUGUAAAGUUCAUUAUAUUACUAAACUUUUAUCAGUAAAAUGUGUCUCGGAAAUCAGGAGUAUAUCUAUCUUAUAGGUAUCUAAAAGGACCUUUACUUCAUCAACAUUUGGUGUCCAUUAAUGUUCCAGGUCGCUACGUUUAAGCAUUAAACAGUAAAAUUUAACAGCAUUAUGUCAACCUCUCGACGAGGGACGUAAUUAGUCCCAAGGGCUACGUUCCAGGUUGAUAAAAAAUGUAGAUGUUGGCUUUUUUUUCAGGGCCUCCUCUUGCAUUUAUGAUCACCACAUAUUUUGUUGCCAGUUUCUUCAAAUGAUUGGAUGAUGGCUUCAUGUGGUGUGGUGUGGUGUGGUGUAGGUUUCUGAUAACCAGUCUGUAGCAUCUCUCAUCCUUUCUUGUGAAGGUGUGCCCGAUUAAUUCCAAUUCCCUCACAAGGCCAAUAAGUUUCUUGUAUGGGUCUACAGCAGUGCAGUUGACUCUUAGUUGAUUGUUAGAAGUAAGCUUUAGUAUGUAGUCUUUCUUCUCCAGAACUGUUUCAAUUGCUGCUUUGAGUUUGUCCAUAUCUUCAAUCCCAUACAAGAUUAGUGGUGGCGGUUUGGUGGAUUUGGCUGGGCAGUUAGUAUCCCCAGUUAUAUUUGUGGGUAGAAUAGAGAAUCUGUUUUGUAUAACCAUAGCCUCUGGUGAAUGAGAGAUUCUUUUUCGCUUUUUAUUCUUAGGCUCUGGAAUUCUCUUCCAGUGUGGCCUGGUACCUGUUGUGAUUGCAUUCAAAGGAAGUGAAUGUUGAGAGAGAUCUAUAUUAUCCUGCAUGUCUUUGAUUGGAAUAUCCUUAAAUGGUUUAGAUGAGGAUGUCAGAGAGGUACUGCGUGGUCUAGAGAAGAACAUGCUCUUGUGAAAGGUUUGUUGUAUCAGUUUUGAUUCUGAUGUUGAUGGAUGCAUUUCUUGAGUCAGAUCCACAUGUGGCAAAGCUGUGCUCCCCUCAGAGUACAAAAGGCUACCUGAGCUUGGGACAGGUAGGGAUUCUCCUGUACUCUGCUGGGUUAAUAUUUAUUUUGUGUUAGUUGAGUUAGGUGUUUUAUUUUUGUUUAGGUCCAUAAAAUUCCCACGAGUAGGAUCGAUAUAUACGCUCGCAGAUGAGGUGACGCCCACUCUCAUCUCAAGGCGAUACUCAUGAUGUUUGACAUGUCCAUCAUGGUUGGCGCUAGUAGCUGGGAUGCCCCCCAGCCAUUCAUCCCUUUGGCGCGGUCCACACCUUGGGAUUGGGGUGAUUUUUUAUUGAGGUUGUCUUCCUCGUGGUCCAGGCGAUGAAGCCGAGAUCCCCAGACCUACGAAACAUGACCAGAGGGACCGGGCUGUUGUAGUAAUUUCCUACCAGCAACAGAAUGAGCUGGUUAGGCUCAGCAGAUCGGGUUAUUUACCGCCGCCCAAGACUCGGCGUUGUUGCUCAUUUUGCACCACCCAGGGGACACGUGUAGGGUGUUUCUUAAUAAAGAUGGAAAAUGGAGAUUCCUACGGACGCGAGCAACAUUGCCCCCCUACUCACAAAACUAUUUAAUAGAAUAAUGACUAGCCAAUGGAUACCAACACAAUGGGAAGACAUAGGUCUGAUACAGGCCCAUAAGUCUGAUGUCUAAUCUGUAUAAAAUAUUCUUAAAGGUCAUAUUGGAUCGAAUAAGUAAAAGACUUGAUGAAAACCAGCCAAUCGAACAAGCUGGCUUCGGGAAACACUUUUCAACAUUAGAUCACAUCCACACAGUGAAACAGGUAGUGGAGAAAUACAAUGAAUACAACAAAAAUCUGUACAUGGCAUUCAUAGACUAUAACAAGGCAUUCGAUAGCAUAAGCCACGAAGCCAUGUGGGUAAGCUUGUUAAGUCAAGGUAUUCCAGAGUUGUAUAUUAAUGUCAUUAAAACCAUAUAAAAAAAUAGUAAAGCAAGAGUUCAACUGGAAAAAAUUAGCCCAGAGUUUAAAGUAAAAAGGGGUGUAAGACAAGGAGACCCAAUGUCUCCCAAGUUAUUUUCUGCAGUCCUUGAAAACAUAUUCCGCUACCCUGAUUGGGAUCACAUGGGCCUCAACAUAGAUGGUAAGAAAUUAAACCACCUCAGAUUUGCAGAUGAUAUAUUAUUUGAAGAAGAUCCAAAGAAACUACAAGGUAUGAUUGAGUCACUAUGCAAGGAAAGCGAAAAGGUUGGUUUAACAAUGAACACCACAAAAACAAAAUUAAUGACAAAUUCAAUAAAAACCGAAAUUAACAUAAAUACAACCUUCCUAGAAUAUGUAGAAGAGUACACAUACCUUGGCCAACUAAAUCUCCUGUAGACCUCACAAGCAAAGAAAUAAAUAUAAGAAUAACCAAUGGAUGGAAAAAAUAUUGGUCUAUGAAGGAAGUCAUGAAGUCCACCAAUCUCAGCAUUACCAUAAAAAGAAAGGUAUUUAACACAUGUAUCCUACCCUGCAUUACAUAUGGAUGUGAGACAUGGGCACUCAACAAUUUGCACCGAGACAGGCUUAAGUACUGCCAAAAUCUAUGGAACGAAGUAUGACGGGAACACAUAGACUAGACAAAAUAAGAAAUAAAGACCUGAGACAAAAAACUAAAGUAAUCGACAUACUUAAUAAAAUAGAUCAGCAGAAGUGGAGAUGGACUGGCCACAUGUUGAGGGAUGGCUGCGAGAAAUGGAGCAGAAUUGUCACAGAUUGGUAUCCAAGAGGUUGCACACGGAGCCAGGUGAGACCUCGAACAAGAUGGGAGGAUGAACUCAAACUCACAGCGGGCCCGAACUGGAGAAGAGUGACCCAUGGCAGACUCCAAUGGAAAGAGCUAGAGGAGGCCUUUGCCAAGCGGCAUACUGAGUUAAGAGACAUCCUCUAACUCAAAAUAAAAAGGGCUUAAUAGAAUAAUAGAAUUAUGUAGUAUUGGUACAUGUUGCUAAAUUCACACAUGAUUUUAACCGCUAAGUAAGUCGACUAUCACCACUACGAUAUUUAUGUUAUGACGUCAGAAAAAUUAAGCAAUACUCGCGUCAUACAUAAGACAAUCUCUUCUUCAACGAUGAUCGCUUUGUACCAAAACACAGUAUAUUGCUACCUAUCUCAUUUUCUCCCACGUUAAAUCUUGUGAAUUUAUGUGUCUGUAUCUUCAUUAACGAUUUUAAUCAUUUUUAAAAUGUCGUCUAUCUUAUUUACUCGCCGGCUGAAUCCUUUACAUUUACCUGUUUAUGUCUCUAUCGUCUCGCUUUUUCGUUUCAUCGAAUUUCAAAUCACAACGACUCUAAAGGUUUAAUUCAAAAAAACUCUAGAUCUGAUGUAAGAUAUAAAGGGAACUUCUCAUAUUUAUAGACAGCCACUGAGCGUUUUCGGUUUUUUAAGAACAAAACAAUCAUAAGCACAAAGAAAGCAUCAUUUGGUGAUGUCCAAAGAAAUUCAAAGGCAAUAAAAUUAGUACCAUCGAUGUGGUCAUUCAUCAAUGAAACCGUAUGUGGGCAUUAGAAUUCCAAAGAACCUUUUCGUAUCUUAGCCGUGUUUGAGCUUUCAUAAUAUAUUUGUUAAGCUGUUGUUACAGGUGUCGGAAAAAACGUUGUCUAUGCCCUAUGUUAUAUAAGAUAUAACAAAAUAAUGUAUGGUGAAAUUGUGUAUCUUAUAUAGGUCUACAAAAAGUCCGUGAUGUCAUAUGUCUAUCUCUUAAGGAUAACAUAGGUCUUACUAUAUCCUAUUAUUUUAAUAUCUACUUUAAGAAAUUGGCAAUUAUAAAGCGGUAAUGUACAAGCUGUUGUCCCAAAUACGAUACAAAUCCUUAUUUAUUUAUUACUAUUCAUAUUAUAAAAUAUUCAAAAAUU